AUGCUCUUGACCUCGUUGCUUCCAAUUCUUGGGCCAUUGUUGGCCAUAUGUUCAACAGCAGUGUCAUCGCCAAUGCCCCUCAACGACGAGCCCGAUAUCGUCGUCGAACAAGACCUCGCUAAGCGACAGGGCUGGUACUGGUCCGACUGGUCUGAAGGUGGCAUCAACCACCGCUGCACCAACAGCAACGGUGGCACCUACUCAGCUCAAUGGUCAGGCACAGGCGGAUUCGUGUGCGGAAAAGGGUGGAGUCAAGGCAGUGGCAGGGUCGUCAACUAUAGCGGGACAUACACACCGACUGGCCCAGGCUAUCUCGCCAUAUACGGAUGGACCCAAAAUCCAUUGAUCGAAUAUUACGUGAUAGAGUCUCACGGUGACCUGGCUCCCAACGAGCCGUGGACUUCAAAAGGCAACUUCACGUUUGAGGAAGGCUCUUAUGAGAUCUUCUCAAGCACGCGCGUUAACAAGCCUUCGAUUGAGGGUACGAGGACCUUUCAGCAAUAUUGGUCAGUUAGACAGGAGCAGCGAGUUGGUGGAUCAGUGACGAUGAGUCGACACUUUGACGAAUGGAAAAAGGUGGGACUAAACUUGGGAAAUCACAACUAUCAAAUUCUUGCGACGGAAGGAUAUACGGCCCAGGGAGGGAAUGGGAGCAGUGGGUCAUCUAGCAUCAGUCUGCAGUAG